AUGGCUCUGGCACGCUUAGGCUUGGAUGAGGCCCCGACUGCGGGCACCUCAUCCAGUGCAUUUUUUAGGUGGGCCCCGCCCCUGGCGGGUUUCUCUGUUCCACCCUCCCAGCCAUACAUUGACGAGCUCCACAAAUGCUGGCCAGACCCGAAAUCGCUUCCCCACCACACCACUGACGGCAGGGCCUUAGCUUCAAUGCAGAACGCUGACACUUACGGACUGGGUAAGAUGCCAGCAGUGGAGCCAUCUAUUGCCGCCCUUAUUGUGUCUCCCAAUGAGGUCUUGAGGCCUGAUGCUCGCUGUCCCAGGCCCCAGUGUCGCAUCACAGACGACUUUCUAGUCAAGGCUUAUGAAACAGCGGCACGCAUGGGCCGUCUUGGAAACUCUCUUUCCCACCUGAUACUAUCCUUGUCCCAGUCCCUGCAAGCUGCUGGCGUGGAUGCUUCCGUCCAGAGCCUCAGUGAUGCAUCCCUGCAGGCGUUCGGUCUUAUCACAAGGGAGCUUGGCAGACUAAUGUCGACCCUUACGCUGACUCGCCGGCAGGUAUGGCUGGCCCAAUCUCCGCUUUCGGAGCCGGGCCGGAGAGCCCUCCGCACUCUCCCCGUGGUUCCGGGGGAGCUGUUUGGCCCAGCAGCACAGCAGGCCUUGGAGCGGGGAAUCCAGGCGAACCAGACUCGGCAGCACGGCCCCCACAGGGUGGUGGUACCAGUCGCCCUCGGCUUCCAGCUCGUCCUGAUACGUACCCGAGGACCUCGCAGGCUCCGGCACGGCCGGUGCCUCAAGCGAGAAGGGGUCGGGGGUCAGGGUAUCGCCCCCCCAGGUACCCAAAGGGCCAGAGGGGAAGAUCCUGAUGCCCCGGGGCCGGCAGUCGGACGCUUCUCCCAGCAGCAACUCAGCUGCUGGGAAAGCAGCACUUCAGACCCUUGGGUGGUGGCUACGCUUUCCCAAGGGUACAAUCUCCAAUUCCGACGCCGGCCCCCAGUUUUCAGUGGGAUCAGACUGACCACGGUCAGAGAUCCCACAAAGUCCCAGGCACUCAGACAAGAAAUAUCCACCCUCCUGGGGAAGGGUGCCAUCGAAGAGCUGGGGCAAGAGACACAGCAAGGUGGGUUUUACUCAGUUUAUUUUCUGAUUCCAAAGAGAGAGGGUGGGUUUCGCCCUAUACUGGACUUACGAGGGCUGAACACAUUUCUGAAGGUGUUGCCCUUCCACAUGCUGAGUACAGCAGAUGUGCUCCAAAACGUGACACGGCACAGUUGGUUCACAUCCAUCGAUUUGAAGGACGCAUACUUUCACGUCCCAAUAGCACUAUCUCACAGGCAGUACCUGCGCUUCGCAUUCGAAGGCAAGGCCUUCCAAUUCAAGGUGCUCCCAUUUGGUCUUUCCCUUGCUCCACGGGUCUUCACAAGGUGCAUGAGGGCGGCACUCGCCCCAAUGCAGGCCAGGGGUAUGCUUAUCCUCCCAUACCUGGACGAUUGGCUAAUUUGUGCUCUGACCAGGGAACAGGCAGAGCGGGACACUGCGUCCCUUCUGCAUCACGUGACGAGGUUGGGCCUUACCGUCAACCAUGCCAAGAGUUGUCUCAUACCCAGCCAAAGGGUAGUGUUCAUUGGUUUAACUCUGGACUCCCGCCAUAUGCUGGCCUUCCCAACACCAAGACGAGUAAACGCCAUACUCCAGCUCCUCCUCCGGUUCCGGAAGAACAGGAGGUUGAGGUACAGCCUGUUUCUCAGGCUGUUAGGUAUGUUGACGUCAGUAACAUCAGUAGUGCCACUGGGCCUCCUGUACUUACGGCCAUUCCAAAUUUGGAUCAAUUGUCUCCAAUUAGAUCCAAAGUCCCACAGAUCCAAGAGAGUCAGGGUGUCCAGCCGAUGCCUCCUUGCAUUGCGGCCAUGGAGAGCCGGGGCAUAUCUGGCCAGGGGCAUCUCAUUGGGUUCGAUUCCCUCACGUCGCGAGGUGGUGGUGACCGAUGCUUCGCCCUCCGGCUGGGGGGCAGUAUGGCAGCACAGAGCGAUAAGGGGGCUCUGGACAGCACAGGAAGCGGCGGAGCACAUAAAUGUGCUCGAGCUCCGUGCUAUAUAUUUGGCACUUCGCAAAUUCCUACCACAUUUGAGAGGCAGGCAUGUUGUUGUACGGUCAGACAACAAGUCAGCUGUCUACCAUGUAAACCGGCAAGGGGGCACCAGAUCAACCCGGUUGCUACAGGUGGCACGGAGACUUCUGGUAUGGGCUUUCCCUUGUUUUUCCAGCCUCAGGGCCAUGUAUCUGCCAGGGCCACAGAAUGUGGUGGCAGACUUUCUCUCCCGCCAGAAACCCCCCGCGGGCGAGUGGAGGCUCCACCCAGAGGUGGUAGAGGAGAUAUGGCGCAAAUAUGGCGCAGCAGAGGUGGACCUGUUUGCCUCAGAAGCCUCAACGCACUGCCCUCUUUGGUUCUCCCUGACGGAGACAGCAAGCCCGUUGGGACAGGAUGCCCUGGCACACCCAUGGCCAGAUUGCCUCCUCUAUGCCUUCCCACCAUUCCCACUGAUAGCAGUAACGCUACACAGAAUACAGCACGGCAACAACAGACUCCUGUUGGUCGCCCCAAACUGGCCGGGGAGACCCUGGUUUCCAGGGAUGCACAGGCUUCUGGACGGAGUUCCAUGGUGCCUGCCCAAGAGGCAAGACUUGCUCUCACAGCUGGGGGGCCGCAUCUGGCAUCCGAACCCGGAUCGCCUACAGCUUUGGGUAUGGCCCCUGAGGAGCCGGACCCACUCCUAAGGGUAUGUGACCAGGCGGUAAUUCAAACCAUUUCUGACUCAAGAGCACCCUCCACCAGGGCACUGUAUGCCAACAGGUGGAAAAUAUUCUCAGAGUGGUGUAAAGUUCAUGAGGAGAUACCUCAGAGUGCCUCUGUGCCAAUAAUACUGAGAUUUUUGCAGUCUUUGCUGGAGAAGAAACUCUCUCCUUCUACCUUGAAGGUCUAUGUAGCUGCUAUUUCAGCCGAGCAUGUCAGAGUGGAUAACCAGACCGUGGGGUCUCACACUCUGGUGACCCGAUUUCUUAAAGGAGCCCAGCGGCGGAACCCCCCGCAGGCUGUCAAGGUUCCCUCGUGGGAACUGCCUCUGGUGCUAGAAGCCCUUUGUCUCCCCCCCCUUCGAGCCUCUGGAUCAGUCGGGGCUGGAGUGGUCUUCAGUAAAGGUUGCUUUCCUUUUGGCGAUGGCAUCAGCAAAACGUGUGAGUGAACUUCACGCCUUGUCAGUGAGUGAAACGUGUAUUCGCUGGAACUCGGAUGGCACAGGGGUAGCACUUUGGCCUAACCCAUCAUUUUUCCCGAAGAGGUUGGCUCCGGCCCACUCUAAUCAGGUCAUUGAGCUGGCAGCUUAUGACCCUUCAUGCCUACAGGGUGAAGAUGCUAAGUCAGCAGAACUGCUCUGCCCAGUGAGGGCCUUAAGGCAUUAUAUACAGGUGACUGCGAGCUUUCGCCGCUCUGAUAGUCUGUUUGUCUGCUAUGGGGGCCAUAGGAAAGGGCACACCCUGUCCAAGCAGAGGCUUUCCAGGUGGAUUGUUCAGGCCAUUGAGGAAGCAUACAGGUCAAAAGGACUGCCUUUACCUCUUAAUAUCAGAGGCCACUCCACCAGGAGUGUCUCCACUUCCUGGGCAGCACUACGGGGGAUCCCCCUAAGUGAUAUCUGCGCUGCGGCCAGCUGGGCUACU